UAUAGCCCAAGAAACCGAAGCCAAACAACUAGGUGAGUCAUUUUUGAGUAGUGUUGAUCUUCUCUACUGUUGCACUAAUGAGUGCUAACAUGGGUGUGUUUUUUGAGCAUGGUAGAGGAGGUAUUGUUGAAUCUCUAAACGCUAAGGUGUAUGGAAAUGGCAGUGAGACCUUAGUUCUUGCUCAUGGGUUUGGUUCAGACCAGAGUGUUUGGCACUUUCUUAUACCUUAUCUUGCAUUAUACUUCAAGAUUGUGGUUUUUGACUUGGUUUUCUCACCAAAUGUAAACCCCAAAUUUUAUGAUCCAAACAAGUACUCCAACUUCACUGGAUAUGCAAGAGACUUGGUGACCCUUCUUGAUGAGCUAAAUGUAAACAAGACCAUCUAUAUGGGUCAUUCUAUGUCAGCCAUGAUUGGGUGCUUAGCUGCAAUAGAAAGGCCAGAACUCUUUCAGCACCUUAUUUUACUCAGUGGCUCGCCAAGGUACCUUAAUGCAAAAGGAUAUGAAGGAGGCUUUGAGAGAUCAGGUAUCAAUGAAAUACUUAGAAACAUAAAUAACAAUUUUUCAAGUUGGGUUCAAGACUUUGCUCCAAGAGCUGUUGGUGUGAAGAACAAACAAGCAAUAUCAGAGUUUGAAGAUAGCUUAAAGAGAAUGAAACCCAAGAUAGCGUUUAGUACUGCUAAAACCGUGUUUUCAAGUGAUCUACGAAGCAUUCUUCCAACAGUUUUAGUACCUUGUACCAUAAUCCAGUCCGAGAAAGACUUUGCAGUUCCACAAUUCGUUGCCCAUUACAUGAAGAGUAAGGUGGGAGGUCAUGCCAGCGUUGAGAUACUCAAAACAGAAGGCCAUUUGCCCCACCUGACAGCUUACCCUUUGCUUUUGAAGGCUUUGAAGACAGUUCAUGUCAUUAAGUAGCUAAUACUCUGCUCGUUUCAAGACUUGCUUGCUUCUUAAGGAAAAUGGUAGCCACCUGAAAGGUGUUUAGGAAAUAGGAUUAAUUCUUCUCGUGAUGUGUAACUCGUUUGAUGAUUUCCUUUUUCUUUUCCUUUGCUUUUAUCAUUUAAGUGUAGGUUCGUCGAAUGCCUGCUAGAAAAUAGAGAAGACUGAACCUGAAAUGGCAAGUCUCUUGCCAUUCUUGAAUCUUUGUUUUAAGAAAAAAUAGUUGUGUGUUUAUCAAGUUUGUUAGUGCAAGUAAGAUUCAAGUUUCAGAA